CGGUGGAAGAUGCGGCCCUUGACAACGGUCGGCGAGGCGGCAUGUCGGUGCUGAAGCUCUGCACGGUCCGGAGCGCCGGCGUCCUCCCCCUCACGAAGCUUUCGCUCCUCUCCCCGGGCUGCCCGCGAUGUUUGCAGCUCAGGAGGCGCUCCGCUGGAAGUUCAGAGCAUCCUUGGGAUUUCUUCAGAAGAAAUUACUCUUCUUUUAUAGUUAAGAAGGAUGAUGGAAACGAUCAAAACUGUGGCAGAGCUCAUUUGUUGGAGGUACUUGAAGCUAGAAUGCAUCAACUUCAGGCAGAUAUUGUGACUGAAGUGAAAUGUACAGAGGUACAAUUUAUGGAUGAAAUAAAUGUAACUCACCUGGAAUGUCACACUAAGUCAAAGAAUCUCACCUUUUUGCCAGCCAGAGAGUUUAAGAAAUCCAUUAACCCAAGUACAGCAGCAGCCAGAAAGGAAAGAACUACCGAAAAGCAGCCUGGCAAAAAAGGUUGCGUGCAAACAGCAUAUCCAAAAUCUACGUUUGCUCCCAAAAAAUGGAUUGAAAAAUUAGAUGAAGAAAAACGCAACAAAACCAAGAGGCAGCUUAGUAUUAUGAAAAAAAUGAAAGAAACUUUUCCAUUUCCCAAGAAGAAAGAGAUGCCCAAUGCUAAGUCUAUGGAACCUGACAGAAAAAGUGCUUCGAAAGGCAAUUCCACCAAGACUUCAGCAGUACAGAGAGGCAAUUCGAAUGCGUCGGGUACUCGAAGAGCAGUUAAUGUUAACGCAGAAUCCGCGGAAUCCAUGAAAGCUAUUCUUGCUGAAGUAGAAAAGCUCGAACAGCAACUCAACAACCGGGACCCAUCAGCCAAACAAUUUGAAGGUGGUGAGGGACAUAAACAUGUCGACACCCAACAGAAUAUAUUAUCUUACAUUGAGGCCUGUGCAUUUAACGAUGACCUGGACAGAGCUCAUCAGUGUGUCAUGUCCAAUCACCGGAUUCUUACUCGUCGUAAGCAGUUAAAUAUUAAGAUUUACAGUACUUUGAUGCACCUGUGGGCUAAAAAGGGUUCAUUAGACCAGAUUGGCAAGCUAUUCAACCUGGUGGAGGAAGCAGGAUUGAAGCCUAAUUUGAACUGUUACGUGGCAGCACUGGAGUGUAUGGGACGCAUGGAAAAUUGCUCGGUCCAUAUGAUUAGAAGGUGUAUUCAACAGCUGGAGGAAAAUGGCUUCCAAACUCAAAAUAUAUUUAAAACUUGUAUAUUCCAUAAAGAUGAAAGAGAAAUGGUAACGAAAGCCAUUCGUGUUGUAAACCCCAACUUCCAGCCCUUAUCGGAACCUGAAGCAGCGAUCUGCCAGUCUCCAUUAGUGUCACGUUUUUAUGCAGAGGUUGGGCCGGUGGAAUAUCCCAAAUUGGAUCUCUGUCUUGCAGAACUGAGGGAGAGAUUUGACAGACAGCUAAAGAAGGAGCAAGCGGAUACUGUUACUAUUGAUUCUGUUGAAGUAACAAAGUCUGUUACAGAGAAGAUGAAAAAAAUGCGGAAACGUCUGGCAGAUUUACGCGCCAAGUGGCAAAAAUCUCUUCUGCGGGCAUUUCAUGAGUCCAAGUUCCACUUGGCUGGCAAUGGAAAUUGUCCCUGGAGAAUGAACCUCUAUCCUUAUCUCUGUCUGCUGGAUGAUAAAGAGUAUGUGGACAUUAUGUUACAGUGUAUUGGCAGCAUCCAUCCAAAUGGAGAGGCAUUAGUGGUAAUUGCAAAGGAAUUGGGCAACAGAAUCUACAACAAGUAUUCAAUACGAAAGAAGACAAAAAAUGAGAUGGUGGACAAAACUAGAGACAUUUAUCAUGCCUAUGCUGAACUGUUGGCAAAAGACACUGAGCUAAACAACUUCCUGCCUCGUGAAUACAUGACGCACCUGGAAAGGAAGAUGAAUGCUGGUCCUUCUCUGUUCAGUGAAGAUUCGUCUUGGUCUGAUGUUCUGACUGUACAAUUGGGAUCCCAUCUCGUGGAUCUGAUGGUUCGCGAAAUUAAAAUCCCCACAAACAACCAACAUCAAACUCGCGAGAAAAGUCUUAUUCCCGUCUUGUACCACAUGUACAGCUUUCGCAGUAACAGACAGAUUGGUUUCAUCAAGCCACAUCCUAUUCUAAUGCAAAUCCUUUCAGAAGCUGCGGAGACAACUUUGAGCUUUGACGCCUGCGUCAUGCCCAUGGUGUGUCCUCCCAUCCCAUGGACUUCACCCAAGUUUGGUGCCUAUGUUCUGGCCCCUACCAAACUAAUGCGGUGCGUGGAGGGAGCUGUGCAGCACCAGUUACUUUUGGAGAAGUGCAGCAGGUGUGACUUGCACGCCGUAUUGGAUUCCCUAAGUCAGCUUGGAAACUGUGCUUGGAAAGUGAACGAACCAAUACUCGAUUUAAUUAUCUCUAUUUUCAAUGGCAAAGGGAGCGAGAAGCUGGAGAUUCCACCUCCGCUUUCUGAAGCCCCAGCCAUGCCCAAGUAUGAUCCAAAAAGUGACAUGAGUCCAGCAACAAAAUCUUCAUUGAAAAGAAAAAUUGCUUGGAUCAGGAAAAGAUCAGCUGAAAUGCACAGCCUCCGAAUGGAUGCCCUUUAUAAGCUUUCCAUUGCCAAUCAUUGCCGACAUGAAAUAUUCUGGUUUCCUCACAACAUGGACUUUCGUGGAAGGACGUACCCUUGCCCACCGUAUUUUAAUCACCUGGGCAGUGAUGUUACCCGUGCCGUACUGUUGUUUGCAGAAGGAAAACCGUUGGGUGAACAUGGGUUAAAUUGGUUGAAGAUUCAUCUUGUUAAUUUAACUGGCUUUAAAAAAUCAUGUUCUCUCAAAGAGAGACUUUCCUAUGCUAAUGCCGUAAUGGAUGACAUCUUGGAUUCAGCAGAUAAUCCUUUAACCGGAAGGAUGUGGUGGAUGAAUGCGGAUGAGCCUUGGCAAGCUUUAGCCUGUUGCACAGAGAUAGCACACGCAGCAAGAUCACCUGAUCCAACCAACUACUUCUCUUAUUACCCGGUCCAUCAAGACGGUUCUUGUAAUGGCUUGCAGCACUAUGCUGCUCUAGGACGUGAUGUAAUUGGCGCAACCUCUGUCAACCUAAUACCCUGUGAGGUACCACAGGAUGUCUACAAGGGAGUCGCACAGCAGGUCGAGCAAUUCAGAAAGCAAGAUGCUGAAAAAGAUGUAAAAGUUGCUCAAAUCUUGGAAGGUUUCAUCAAUCGUAAAUUAGUGAAACAGACUGUAAUGACCGUGGUCUACGGUGUGACACGGUUCGGUGGGCGGCUCCAGGUUGAGAAAAGAUUGAAGGAAAUUGAAGAUUUUCCAAAGGACUACGUGUGGGAAGCUUCUUAUUACGUGGUGCAGCAAGUGUUUAACAGCUUAAAAGAGAUGUUUACAGGCACCAGAGAAAUUCAGGACUGGCUAACGGAAAGUGCCCGAUUAAUUGCCCGAUCAGGAAGUUCAGUAGAAUGGGUAACCCCACUGGGUCUGCCGAUUGUACAACCAUACCACAGGACCAGAACUACAUUACUCAGAAGCCGUCUUCAGAAUUUAAAACUUCAGAUAAAUCAUGAUGCAACUCAGCGGCCUGACACAGUCAAGCAGAAGAAUGCUUUCCCCCCGAAUUUCAUUCAUUCCCUUGAUUCAACUCAUAUGAUGCUCACAGCACUGUAUUGUUACAGAGCUGGCAUCACAUUUGUCUCUGUACAUGACUGCUACUGGACGCACGCUCUUACUGUAGAUAUCAUGAACAAGAUUUGCCGUGAGCAGUUCGUAGCCCUACAUGACCAGCCCAUUCUUCAAGAUCUGUCCAGGUUCCUGAUAAACAAAUAUCGUUAUAACAUUCCUGUCGACAAGAAACCAAAACGACUCCAGGAGUACAAAAGGAUGAUGGAUGUCCUGUCGAAAGUUCUAACGAGAGGUGAAUUUGAUCUACAAAAGGUAAAAGAGUCCACCUAUUUCUUCAGCUGAAGAUGGUAGAAUCCGAGAUUAUUUGCCUUAAUUGCCCUGUGGAAAUCUCCCCCCAUCGUACCUUUGCUGAGGGACAGUAACUUCUAUUUCAAUGAAAUUGUUUUUUAUAAAUACAGUGGACUUGUAUAAAUUGUUGUAUAUUUAUGGUAUGGUCAAUGAAAACUGAAAAUAAAACUACUACAUGCACAGUGGAACUACAUUUUUAUCCAAACAAUAAAGUAUCAUUGACGUAAAGGAAACGGCAAAACUUGCUGGAGCAAACAUUCAAUUUCUUACAGUUCUUCUGUUAUUGGUCAUUAGUCGUACAGAAUGGAAUGUAGGCCUUCAGCCUAACUCAUCCAUGCCAACCAAGAUGGCCUAUCUCAUCCCAUUUGCACUUUUAAAUGUUGUUAUGAUUCCUGCCUCAACUACUUCCUCUGACAGCUUGUCCCACCACCCUCGGUAUCAUUCUUGCACCAGUGGAAGCAAAUAUUUGUUCUUUGCGAACCGCAGCACAGUGUUUGGAUAUUGAUGAGAGAGUUCACAGCAUUCAAAGCCUCUGACUCUCAGUCUGAAGAAGGGUCUCGACCCAAAACAUUGCCUAUUCUUUUUCUCCUGAGUUGCUGUCUGAUCCACUGAGUUACUCCAGCUUUUUGUGCCUAUCUUCGGUUUAAACCAGCAUCUGCAGUUCCUUCCUACAUAUCAGAGCAUUGUGGGAUGAUUACAUUACAGGAUACUGUUUUUUUGCCAUUUAGUAUUGAAAAACGAUUUGUCCUUCUUACAGCAAAUCUUUAAAUUUGUUUUAUUGCAACAAUAACAGAAAAAUCCUUCCCUAAGGUGAACCCUUGCCAUUCUAUUUUCAUGGAAAUCUAAGCAUCUGUUCUUGGUUAUUUUAGAGGCAGGACUUUGUUGCUACAUUACAUUGACAAUAAUAAUGUCAUGAUAGUGGCAGUAACCAGAGGAAUGUAAAGUAACAACAUCCACAAGGGUGACAAAAAUCUCUGGGUUAGAAGGAUUUUAGCAACACACGGGCCAUUUCUCUGAUCUGAAUUGUUUUCCGUUGAAUUUUUCAAUCAUUGGCUUUGAAACCUCUAUGAUAAAUGGUGCAUUGAUGCAGAUGUCAAUUUUAUUUUGAUUUAAAAAAAUAAAUGCCAUUGAAGCCUUUAUGACAUUAGUUGGGAGCUGUGGUGAUCCAUCACCUAAUCUUAAAAAAACUAAGAAAUUGUGGCAUUCCUUGUUACAUUUGUGCUGUUAUGGAUUGUUUCCUUUUUUGCAAACGGUUGAGAAAUUUUAUUUUUUGUAAUAAAAUUGUGCAAUCCAAAAAUAUGGCUAAGAAA